UUUAGUUAAGCAAGAUGAGAAGUCGCAUCACCUGCAGUCUUGUCGGCGACGCAAUGGUGGGCAAAUCUCGCCUGUUGGCUUCUUUCCUUGGUCAAAAUAUCAUAGAUUUGUAUGCCCCAACCGUGUUUUCAACACUCAAAGGAAUAAUGAAAGUGGGAGAAAAGCAAUUAAAAGUGAAGUUCGUGGACACUGCUGGGCAACAAGAAUACUCGAGACUUCGUGCGUUUUCCUACAAGAAGAGCGAUGUAUUUAUCCUCUGUUUCAGUGCUAUAGAUAGGCUGUCAUUCGAGCGAAUUCGAAGUCUUUGGAUACCAGAAUUAGAAAGGAAUGUCGGGAAAAAGGUUCCCAUAUUCCUAGUGGCCACUCAUAAGGACCUUAAAUACGAUGCGAACGUUAAAAAGUGUACUUGUAUUGUAUCCACAUCUGAAGGAGAAAGGCUCGCUGCAGAAAUAAAAGCAGAGGGCUAUUUUGAAGUUAACACGGUGGACUACUGUUGUGCGAGGAAAAUUUUUGAAUGCGCCAUGUGCGGCGUCCUUUCUAAUAGAAAAGGAUGCUUCCGAACUCUGAAGAAGUAUUUUUCAAGUAGACAUUGAGUUUGACAUUCGGAGAUAUAGGAACCUUAAUUUAUUUUAAAUAUGAAUCUGUUGUACGCUUUUUUUCAUGAAUUUGAAUUUUCCCUUGUAAGAUUAUUUAAUGGUAAAAAAUUCCAUUGUUUCUGAAUCUUGAAACAUUUUGACAUGGAUAUUUACAGAGAAGAUAUAUUUUUCAAAAUAUAGU